AUGUGUAGUUCUUGUUCCAAUGUAACUGUCAUACGACAAUGCGCUGGCAUACGAGUAACCGAUGAGACCCCAGUUCGUGGCUCUGAUGUACACCUAAGGGACAAAGAUUUAUCCAACUUAUCCUUCGAAGAAAGCACUCCCCUAGACAAAAAAGGAUCUUUGACAUCUGAAGGGAUGAUCGACGUUGCAGAUUUAUUGUAUAAAGUAAAUAAUGUGAUUGUUGAAAAAUUGAAUAGUUUUGAGACCAAAGUUUUAAACGAAAUUAAAGCUACCGUUACAGUGUUAGCACAGGAAAAUAGUAAACUAAGACAAGAUCUAAGUGAAGCAAAUAAAAAAUGCAGUUUAUUAGAGCAACAGAUUUCAAUUUUGAAAAAUGGAAUAAAUAAAGUCGAAGAAAAUCGACAAAGUCGACGAAAGGCAACGGUGUCAAAACUGGAGUCUGAUACCACUCCAAGCUUGUCGCUGGCACCGGUGGCGCCGGCUUGUCGGUGGAGCGGCCGGCGCAGCCCGCGCCCAGCGAUACCAAUACAUGAACUGAAGUCAAAGGGAAAAAGGAGGUCAGACCAGUCAUAA